ACAUCUUUUUCCUUCUCUUAACUUCUCUCUUCAUGCUUUUGUCCCUAGGUUUAUGAUUUCUUAUCAACCCUUCCAUUUCUUCACACACUGCCAUAUCAAAAGUUCCACUUUCUGGCCAUGAAGUUCUUAAUUUUUUGUUCUCUCUGCCCAUUUCUUAGAAAUUUCCCCAAUCAGUUCUCUGCUCACAGGAUAUCUUGUUCUUAGUAUCUCUACGAGAGUGGAGGCCAUUCUCUAUUUAUUAUCUUCACUUAGUCUGUUAGUGGGGCGCCUCUUUGUUUUAUUGCGACCUAUGGCCCUAGGUUUUGUGGUGUUAUCUGCACGAUCAGCCUCUUCAGUGUAACGGCCUGAAACUGCAACUACUCUAUUUCUCUCUGCUUGUUGGUUGUACACAAUAUCUUACUUUCCCAAUUUAUGUAUCUUGUUUCUACAUAAACCUGUAUUGCUGGGUGACUGAUUAAUCUAUAGUUUCUCCCCCCACCUCGUGGAUAACCUUGUCUUACUCCUUGCAAUAAAUAGGGUUCACCAGGUUGUGGAUUGGGAAUUUUAUGAUCAGUGAGACACGCUGUAACGCGGUGUCUAGAUUGCAAAAUCUAUUAAUUCUAUGGAAGCAAACUCCUAAGUAGUUUCUCAAUAUCUCUACUUUACAACAACUGCCUACUAUAUCUCUCCAAUUUACGUAUGGCCACUCCUGCUCAAUUUGUUCUAAAUUCUGAACUCCCACUAAUUCGUUCAAGAUAUAAUUUUUCUUUUCUUCUGUCAGUGGCUUCUUAAUGCCUGCUAAAUCCCUAUAAAAUGAUUCUCUCCAGAAAUGAUCACUAACUCCCUUUGUCUCAGUCAAUAUUCUGGCUACUCUUAUUCUCUCAAAAUAUGAUUGUAAGCUUUCCUCAUCUAGCAGUUCAAUUCUAGCCAUAUGUUUUUAAAACAUCAGUGGAACAUGAAAAUAAUUCACAAUCCAGCAAUGCUUUUCACUUUUCACUCAAUGUAAAACAGUUCUUUUCACAGCAGCACUCUGGUCUCAUACGCUCACAGCACGCAGAAUACUCACACACUCCAGAGGCCCUUCUGCUGUCUAAUAAAUCACUUCUCACAGAUUCCAGCACACACACACUCAGGCCUUAUGGUCUGAGAUUUUGAUUUUUUCUGUGUACAUUCUAACGACUUUAUACCAUAAAAGUAUCUCACAAUUUUUAAAACACAUUUAUAAUCAGCAAAAUAUAUCUUCUAUUUUUCCGUUUGACAAUGCUCUUCGUGCUUUAAUCAAUGCAGCUCUCUUUUUUUUUUUUUUUGGCUGCCGUUAAGUCUCAUGUGCUCACUGUGAGCCAAACACACACACACUCUAUGUCCUUCAAAUCUUUAUCUGACUCCUCUCCUAUCUUCUACACACACACUCUUGCUUCUCUCGUGUUCUCAAAUAGUUUUUCUAUUAAACCCAAAUGCACACUUUAUUUUGCAUUCAUGUUUUUUCUCAAAUACUUUUAUUACCACAUGAAACUUUGACACAGACAAACUGUAAAAACUUGCAACUAGUUUCGAAACGCAUGCCUCUUUAAACAUCAAAAACCUAACACUCCUUCUUCUCAUACAUUUUACUGGACAAACAUUAUACUGCAAUUUUUAUUUGUUCCAUGUCCUUUUUCCCAUUCACACAUAUGCACUCUCUCUCUCAUUCACUUUUUCAUACGCACACACUUGCGGGGCCUCCUAGCCUCCCACUCUCACACACACACUCACACCCUCUUCUUCACACACACAGAGUCUCACAGGCUGAGGGUUUUUCUCUCUCUCCCUCACUCCUGGGUUUUUCUAUCGUCACAAUUACAAUAUACAACAAAAUAUAGUAUAUAUCACAACGCAUUCAUACCCUCCACGUGACCUGCACCUAACAGGAUUUCUCACGCUCCCUAGAGCGUCUUCGCGACCUACGCGGCACGUCCCAAGACGUGACCUGUUUCUCUUAAACAGGAAUUUCACAUCCUCUCGAUGUCUUGCAACAACUAUUGCGCACACUCGCCCAGCAGUGUGACUCGCCACCUAAGCGAGAUUUAUGUCCUCUUGACACCUUGCACUCACCAGUGCGACACGUUUCAUUCAACCAUACUUACUUACACUCUUUCAUACACACAAUCACGCACACACAUUUCUUGAGAUCUGGAUACCCUUAAGACUUGGCAAACUAGUGCAAUUUCUAACAUUAAAUUUUGUUCAAUUUAGGAGAGGCUUUUAGAGGACAAACGACAUUCAGAGUUUACCUUUAGCUGACCGCACAAAACUUAUACUAUAAAGCAAAUAUGCUCACCUGUUUUAGGGCCCUUUUUUGUGCGAUCAGCUUGUCUGGUUCACCCGUCACAGCCGUCAGCCUCCUCCCCUCUAACCUGGAUCACGUCUCGGGGUCACCAAAUAUGUUGUGGCGAAUCGGCCUUCCAUCGCAGAAAGAAAUCUCAGAGACAAGGGUUCCAGGUGCCAAGAGUUUAAACUUUAUUUGCCCGGACAAACAAAGUGGGAUAUUCAGAGUUCAUCUGAAGGGAUCCAACGAAUACAUAUCUGACUCCAUCUUUUAUACAUUGUUUCCCAGUUGUUAUCACAGUUUAAACCAAUCAUGUGUGCAUGACAUCGUCUUCUUCCAAUCAGUUUUCAUAUGAUAUCACCUUUUCGUUAGCCCGUCCCUCUGCCCUCAUAGUUCCGGCCUACCCUAUUAAGAUUUAAUGGUGGCGUGAACUCCUCAAAAACAGGCGCCUCUUAUCUUAACACUUUCCUGGGGGUUUCGGGGGCGAUACAUGAUUUAACCAUGUUCCUAUCAAAGGUGAACUUAUGGUUUAGCGAUAAUAAGCUUCCCGGUGUCAUUGGUGGUAUGUUAUUUACUUAAACUUCCCUACAAAAAUGUGUGGGGUGUACGUCUUAGUUCUAAAAGAUAUAUGGCGUGUGUGCAGAUGUUCAUCAGCUCAUACUUAUACAUGAGGCCCAAUAUUGUUUCAUAAGAAUACAUGAAACCUAUAACGAACUAAAUGUAUUAUUUUAUAUAAGAAAACUCAACACUAUAAUAGAAAAACCACCAUAGUCGCAGGGGCAGCAGUCUAAGCAGGGAUGCCCAGACUUCCCUCUCCCUAGACACUUCCUGCAGCUCUUCCGGGGGGACACCGAGGCGUUCCAAGGCCAGCCGGGAGACAUAGUCCCUCCAGCGUGUCCUGGGUCUUCCCCGGGGUCUCCUCCCAGUGGGACAUGCCCGGAACACCUUCCCGGGAAGAUGUCCAGGGGGCAUCCGGAAAAGAUGCCCGAGCCACCUCAGCUGGCCCCUCUCGAUGUGAAGGAGCAGCGGCUCUACUCUGAGCUCCUCCCGAGUGACCGAGCUUCUCACCCUAUCUCUAAGGGAUCGCCUAGCCACCCUGCGGAGAAAGCUUAUUUCAGCCGCCUGUACCUACAGCUCAUGACCAUAGGUGAGAGUAGGAACUUAGAUUGACCGGUAAAUCGAGAGCUUCGCCUUGCGGCUCAGCUUCUUCUUCACCACGACAGACCGGUACAGCAACCGCAUUACUGCAGAAGCUGCACCGAUCCGUCUGUCUAUCUCCCGUUCCAUCCUUCCCUCACUGGUGAACAAGACCCCCAGAUACUUCAACUCCUCCACUUGAGGCAGGGACUCUCCACCCACCUGAAGUGGGCAAAGCCACCCUUUUCCGACUGAGAACCAUGGGCUCAGAUUUGGAGGUGCUGAUUCUCAUCCCAGCCGCUUCACACUCGGCUGCAAACCGUCCCAGUGCAUGCUGAAGGUCCUGGUCUGAAGGGGCCAGCACAACGACAUCAGCCGCAAAGAGCAGAGAUGAAAUCGUGUGGUCCCCAAACCCGGCGUCUCCGGCCCCUGGCUGCGCCUAGAAAUUCUGUCCAUAAAAAUUAUGAACAUAACCGCCGACAAAGGGCAGCCCUGCCGGAGUCCAACAUGCACCGGGAACAAGUCUGACUUACUGCCGGCAAUGCGAACCAAGCUCCUGCUAAGGCACAGGGAUGCGACCCUCUCGUUCACCGGGGGGAACUCCAACACAUGGCGGCUGAGCUGGGGGGCUAUAAGCAAACCCAGACCAGCCCGCUGCCUCUCACCAUGGGCAACUCCAGAGUGGUGAAGAGUCAAUCCUCUCUCGAGGAGUGUGGUUCCAGAGCCCAAGCUGUGCGUAAAGGUGAUCCCAAUUACCUCUAGUCGGAAUCUCUGAACCUCACAAUCUCAGGCUCUUUCCCGCCAGAGCGAGACCAGCUAGACGAUGUCCCUAGAGCUAGAUUCCGUGUCCAGGGAUCGGCUUGUCGAGGCCCGCGGCUUCGACUGCCGCCCGAUCCACAUAGCACCGGCCCCUUACGGGCCCUCCUUAAGGUGGUGGGUCGACGGGCGACGUCACUGUCCUCAAAUUUAUUGGCAUCAUAAGGGUUUUUUGAACCGCUCUUAGUCUGACCCGUGACCUAGGACCUGUUUGCCUUGGGAGACCCUACCAGGGGCAUAUAGCCCCAGACAAGAUAGCUCCUGGGGUCUUUCGGUUACUCAAACUAUAUAUUAACAUUAAAAUAACAUUAAAUUUGUCACACUGUGUAAUUUAUAUAUUGUUUAAAAUCUUUAAAAGCACAAAAUUCAGGACUGAAGGUUUUAGGCCCAUUUGAAAAUGUAGGUUUAAAGUUAGUCUGCGAUGAACUGCUCCACGAUGAAGAAUUUGCAGCACACUUCUCAUAGACAAUUUCACAAGACUUGAAAAACACUGGUCCAGAUGUUUUUCCUGUUUCAUUUAUAUCUUAGUUUCACAUCUAGAAUUAGUCUUAAAGAUAUUCAUCUAACAUUUUGAUUUCUAAAUCUUCUUUUGGUUGUAUUUUGUUGUUACGUUUGUGCAGUGUGAAACAGAAAGUGCUUCUGGUUGUUUACGUCUUGUGAAAUGGUCCAUAGGACCAUUAUAAACUGCUAUGCAAUGUUUAAAUGAUCACAAAAACAACAGCAAGCAGAAGUACAAGAGGGCAUAAAGGAGGAUGAGGUCUCUAGAUCACAAGAUCACAAAAACUUUUAUUUAAAUAGACGCAUGUGCAUACAGUUGGGCCAAGUCGGCCAGUUGUCAGGAAUCAAUUGUCGCUCAUGUUUGGCCACAUUUGAUCUACAAUAAAUGAGUCAUGCGUUUUCAUACAAACACGACAGAAAGAAACUAGAAACUUUUUUUCUUUAAAAUAAACUUAAACAAGGUCUAAAUUGUUUAGGGCAAUAACCUUGAGUCCUGUAGUGUGCACUUAGAACUAACAUCCUUACCUUUUCUUUCUUUGUUUUAUGAAAAGCAGUAGUACUGCUUUAAGAUUGGAAGAUUUUGAAGAGUAUUAUAGGAGGAAACAUGCAGACUCCAACUGUGGUUUCGCCGAAGAGUAUGAGGAGUUGAAAACUGUUGGAACUGCUCAGGCCAAAAAUUCAGCACUGUCUAUUGAAAACAAGGCAAAGAACCGCUACAAUGAUGUGUUACCUUAUGAUGCUUCAAGAGUUAAAUUAUCUAUGUGUGGCAACCCUUUUGACGACUACAUCAAUGCCGACUACAUUCCGGGCUACAAUUCAAGAAAGGAGUUUAUAGCCGCUCAGGGUCCGCUACCUGUCACAGUGAAUGAAUUCUGGAGAAUGAUCUGGGAAAAGAACGUCUGCACCUUAGUGAUGCUGACCAAAUGCAAAGAGCAGGGACGAAUCAAGUGUGAGAAGUACUGGCCAUCUGGGACUAGUCAUUACAAUAACAUCUCUGUGACGAUUACCUCAGAGAUACCACUGGAGUGCUGGACGAUACGAGACUUUAGCGUCAAAAAUCUGAAAACAGCGGAGACACGCAAUGUACGGCAAUUCCACUUCACCGCGUGGCCAGAUCAUGGAGUUCCACAGAGCACUGAACUUCUUAAUGACUUCAGACAUGUGGUGAGAGAACACAUAGACCAGUACUCUCGUCAUUCGCCAACUAUAGUACAUUGCAGUGCUGGUGUAGGUAGAACAGGGACCUUCAUUGCGAUCGACCGCCUGAUCUUCCAGAUUGAAAGAGAAAGCAUGGUAGACGUCUAUGGAAUUGUUCAUGAUAUGCGAAUGCACAGGCCUUUCAUGGUGCAGACUGAGGCUCAAUAUGUUUAUCUACAGCAGUGUGCCUAUGACAUGAUUCGAUCAAGAACUGGAACCAAUGUAGACUUAAUUUAUCAGAACCCAGGAGCCCUUCAUAUCUAUGUAAAUUUUCCAGUUAAGAAUGCAAAUUGAUUAUAAAAAUGUGAUCAUGAUAGAUAUUAUGCACAACAUUUAGUUGUGAUUCUGUAAUUCAUUUCUCCUCAAUACAUACAAUAAAAUGACACAAAAAGAUAUAUAUAGAUAAAAUAAAAUUAUUAGGUAAUAUUUUGAAUAAGAGAUUUUUAUUUUUUUACUUUGACAUAACCAAAGAAUAUAUUUGUAUUAUGUAUCAUAUUUAAGAGAAAUGUCAAACUUCUGUAUGUUUCUUCUAUUGCGUUUUUAUUACGAGAGCUUAAUUCUCCAUGCUGAUAUAAGGGACUUUGUGAUUCAUUUUUAUAAAAUGUUUCUUUAUCAGAGUUUACUUAUCAAUACUGUUAAGUAGCUUUAUGGUUUUUCGUCCUGAUGUAUCAAUGUAAAAGGUAUGCUUUCAAUCAGAGGGAAAUUUCUAUUAAAUGAAAUGGACUUGUAAAAAAAUGUGCUUUGUAACAUUGUUCAAUAAUUUGGGACUGAACAAUUCUUUUUUUCCAAUACCUUAUUUUUAUUUUUUUUAUUUUAUUUGAUCCUUUUUUUUCCUUUAAUUAUUUAGCCUUUCAAGGUUUAUGACAAAAAUUUAUGUUUUUACAGUGGUAAUGCUUUUGUUGUGAUAUCCAGACAACUAUGUCUAAAUUGCUGACCAUUGCUAAAUUACAUGGAAUUACAUGACUUUUUCAUCAGGAAUUAUAACUGUAAUGGUAAAACUGUGCUGUUGUAUGUGUUCGUUCUGUGGUAUUGUUUGUCAUUAUUUUAUAUUUAUAUAUCUUUACUAACUUUAGUUAAUUUAACUUUAUGUAUUUAACACUGUGUAUAUGAAUACAGUCCUUGGUUGAGUAAAUUUUGAUAUAAAUAAGCGUCUGCCAAAUGCAUAAAUGUAAAUAAAUGUAAUAAUAUCAUCCGUGGCUUAAACGUGCCAACGUGCAACCAUUAAAACAUAAUAAAUGCCUGGAUCAAUGAGCAAGUGUCA